AUGGAACCCCGAGUCUUCCCUGAUCGGGGAGGGACCGGGCCAGUAUCGCAAUCGCAGAUCAAUGAGCCGUCUCAGGUUCGCGCCAUAGAAGAGUCGCGGACUGGUUCUCCGGCUGCGGCACAAACCCCGACCCCUGCGCUUCUUGAUUCGUGGUUCGCCAAAGAGACAACAGAAACAAAUGCGACGCCUAACAAGGCCACAGAAGCAACAUCGACGGCCGACGAUAACAAAGAUCCGGCUACCAGGACCAAUUACCAAGGCAGCAGCGUUUCUCACCUCGCCGAUGCCGCGUCUGCAGCGCCCAGGACCCCUGCGAACAAGUCCGAACCUACUUCGAAGCUGUUGUCGAGCGGUCGACCCGAUUCGUUACAGAAUCAACCGUCCGCAUCCCCUCCCGUCCACGAUGCCGGCACCGAGCAAGCCCAUAAGGCGACCGCUUCCGUCCGGCGCCCCUCGCUUGCCGUCAACCCAGCUACCAACCACGCGGCAAUAGAUCCUCUGUCGCAGCACAUAUUCAUGCGCACAAAUACGGAACGGAACUUGACUUCAAAGCUUCGAAAUCCUACCUCCAAAUCCGAUGCUUCGGCUGCUCUUGACGGACAACGACUCGCUGGCGACGCCACAGAUACCCCGGAUAAGAAGAGGCCUCGCUCUUCUUUUCUUUCCCGCCUCGGCAUGCGCGCAAACAGACUCCGCAAUGAUGACGACGAUUCCGGCUCAGAUGUCGGCUCGCAGCGACCCGACGGCAACAAUGCGCGCGUCUUUGCCAGCCCCGUGGGCGCCCAGGGUUACAUUCCUCACCACAAGGAGCCGCCCCGUUAUAUCCGCACCAAAGUCUACAACAAGAAGGAACGCGAGUUCAACCGCAUGUUUCUGGCCCAAGAGCUGGUAGGCACAAGACCUCUUGCGCAGGCGAAAACGGACGAAAAGGUCCCCGUCGUGACCGUAUCGAGCGCCGACGGGACAAGUAGGAGGGCAGAGCGAACAGGUGGGGCUGUUUGGGCGACCGAGUUCAGCCGCGAUGGCAGGUAUCUGGCAGCUGCAGGCAAAGACCAAGUCGUCCGCGUAUGGGCAGUCAUCUCCACCAUCGAAGAGCGACGCACGCGGGAAGACGAGGAAGAGGCCCUCCACCAGCAAAGCAGCCCGAUCAGCAGCGGCGGCGGCGGCGGCAGGGAGCGGCUACAGGCGCCCGUGUUCCGGGAGCAGCCAUUGCGCGAGUUCCAGGGUCAUACGGGCGAGAUCCUGGACCUCAGCUGGAGUAAGAACAACUUCCUGCUGUCCACAUCCAUGGAUCGGACCGUCCGCCUCUGGCACGUCAGUAGAAAAGAAUGUCUAUGUGCCUUCCGCCACGGCGAGUUUGUCAGCAAGGUGGCGUUUCAUCCCCAAGAUGACCGCUUCUUCCUUGCGGGGUGCCUGGACUCGAGGCUGAGGCUAUGGAGCAUCCCGGACAGGUCAGUCGCCUUCGAGGCGCAGACCAACGACAUGAUCACAGCCGUCGCGUUCACGCCGGAUGGCAAGACGGCCAUCGCAGGCAUGUUGAACGGAGUGUGCAACUUUUACGAAACCGAGGGUCUCAAGUUCCAGAGCCUACUCCAUGUGCGGUCUUCGAGGGGCAAGAACGCCAAGGGCAGCAAGAUCACCGGGAUUCGCACUGCCGAGGUACCGGCGGGCAGUGGUUCCUCUGAAAAGAGGGUCAAGGUGCUCGUCACGUCCACCGACGCUCGUGUACGUGUCUAUAACCUCGGCGACAAGGCUCUUGAUGCCAAGUUCAAGGGUCACGAGCACGCGGCGGCCCAGCUCUCGGCCAGCUUCAGCCAUGGUGCAAAUUAUGUCAUAUGUCCCAGCGAGCAUCGUAAAGUGUUCAUCUGGAGUCUAGGAUCACCGAACCAGCGGGCCUUGAACAUUUCAAACUCGGGCGGUAUCGGGACCGACACACUAAAGGGAGACAAGGGCCCCUGCGAGUCUUUUGUGGCCCAUGGGUCCGGGGUAACGACGGCAAUAUUUGCGCCCGCGGAGACGCGGCAGCUGCUCGGGGCCAGCGGCGAUCCAAUCUACGAUCUGUGCAACCCGCCGCCGGUGACUUUGGUAUCGAGGGAAGAGGAAGCGGCCGCCGCUGCGGCGACGUCGUCAAGUAGAGACCCGAGUCCAACGUCGCCGGCACGUACGGCUCACAACAUGAGCCAAACCGCCCUAUCCGAGGCUCCCAGCGUCGCAAGGAGCCGAAGAGUGGACGAAUCUCCGGCGUACUUGGCCCGCUCCACGCACCAGCAAGGCAACAUCAUUGUCACGACCGAUGACACGGGCAUCAUCAAGGUGUUCCGGCAGGACUGUGCCUACCGGCGACGAGAGGGUCCCGACACGGCCUCUCUUCUGAGUCGCAAACGGGACAGCAUCGUCGGCCGCAGCGCCAGCAUUCUCACUCGGACGAGCGCAUCCAGUGCAGCACACUCGCGAAAGGGGUCCUUGUCGAGAUCGAUCCAAGGAAUCAUGACGGGCGAGGGCAUGCCGCAGUCUGGCGGUGCCAUGUCGGAGCAGAUAUUGGAUUGGCGUCGCGACGUUGAGGCCAACGGCAGGUCCGGCAGCAUCAACAGCGCAGGCGGCACGCCGAUACGGGUUGAGCGCAGCGUCAGCCCUACAAAGAGCCCACUGACCGCGAGGACUCUGGCGAGCGAGAGGAGGCGCGAGCAGUACGCCCACAGCGGUUCCCCACUGGUACCUAGGGGCGACAGAGGACAUUUCAGCCCGACCUCGAGCACUUUCAGCAACCCGCCUCGUAUCAGGUCUGACGCCGCCGUCGCCGCCGGUACCGUCGCGAAUGCUAGCUCCGAAGAUCCGACCGAGGAUGGUGUAGCAAAGAAGCCUCUGGAUCAACCGACGUGCUCCUCUAAACAGGGCGAGACCACAGCCGAUGCGCAAAAGAAGUCCACGGCCGAAGACGAAACGCUUAAUGGUGGCGAAGGCGCCACGCCAGCGCCAAGCAGUCCCUCGGGUGAGGGCGGGGCCAACAAUGGAGGCCUCUGGGGCUUUAGAUGGCCCAAAAUGCCAACGCUGCGCAUGUCCAUCGGAGGGAUCGGCAUGGGCAGCGGCACAGCGAGCCCUGGCAAGGACGGUGUUGGCCCCGGCGCCAGCGACGGGCAGAGCCCCGUGCCGGGUGGCUAUCCAAGUCUUCGGGCCAGCAGCGAGCUGAGCAUCAAAGACAAGAUCAAGGAGGCAAGCAAGAUGAGCAAGGACAAGGGAAAAGAAAAGGAAAAAGAAAGAAAAGCCCGCACUCCGCCGUUGCAGAUACCUUCCUUUUCGGACAAGUCAAUCCGGAGACAGAGCCAGGCGGGGGAUGGGUUGUUGGCAACAAAGGAUGAGAGGAGUUCCGAGGCGGCUGUGGGCUCUGAGGAAGAAAUGGCGUGCCCGAAGUGCGGGGCGCGCGAAUUCAAGGCCAAGAAGCUGAAUGCAGGACAGCAACAGCAACGGCAGAGACUUGUUUGUGCAACAUGUGCGACGCCGGCAGCGGAGCAGGAGAGCUAG